UUUUUCCAUAGAUCAGUUACGGCUCAUCUGAUCCUAUCCUGAGCGAUAAGGUCCAAUUCCCUUUUCUGUAUCGGACAGUCCCCAGUGACAUGACUCAGUUCACUGGGAUCAUCAAGCUGAUCCUUCACUUCCGCUGGACGUGGAUUGGAGUAGUUUUUACAGGUGACGAUAACAGUGAGAAGUUCCUCCAGGUCUUGGAAGGUGAAAUGCAGAAAAAUGGAGUUUGCGCUGAAUUCAUCUUAAAGAUGUACAACAGGAAGAGCCUAGCUAUGAAAACCAUUCAUAGUAUGGAAGAUGCCCUCACAAAGUCCUCAGUCAAUGUGACUGUGUUUUAUGGCAGCACCAGUCACUUCUUUCAGUUACAACUUCUCAGCCGAAAUCUCCGAACGAGAGGCAAGAUCUGGAUCAUCACAGCCCAGUGGGAUUUUACUGCAGGUUCCCGCCUAUACAACCCAGACUCAGACCCAUUCCAGGACGCUUUGUCCUUUGCAGUUCAUAAGGCGGAAAUCCCACAAUUUCGAGACUUCCUUCAGUCCGUGAACCCUAAAAAAUAUCCAAACGAUGUUUUCAUGAAGUAUUUCUGGGGUUCUGCCUUUGACUGUGUGAUGCCUCCUCCCUACUCAGUCCCAAAGUAUGGGAAAAGAAAAUGCACUGAAAGGGAACGACUGGACAGCCUUCCUGUUUCAGUUUUUGAUAUCAACACCGUGUGGCAGAGCUAUAGCAUUUACAAUGCGGUCUAUGCAGUAGCCCAUGCACUGAUGGAAAUGAGAUAUCAUUAUACUGGAGGAGGAGGGGGAAGGAGGAGGAGAAAAGGCCUUCUACCCCCAUGGCAGGUAUUAUGACACAAAUAAUGUA